GUAAGAAGAGUACGCCAGAGAGAGAACCGAGUUACCAAUCGCGCUCAAUCUCAGAUGAAUCCGAAAGGGAGGGGUCCGAAAGUGAGGAGGAAAUGCAACCACCGCAACCCCUUGAGUUAUACUUCAAAAGCAGUGAGUUCACGAAGAUUUGCAAGAUACAAACCAAGUGCUAUGUGAGCGCGACAGUAAAAGUCAUCAAGGAGACGCUUAAGAAGGAUCAGGCCGAAUGGUUCACGAGCCAUUCCCAGUUUCGACAUUUCUUUCACAUGCCAGAGGAACCAAACCUGAAGCUCCAAGGGAUGUGGAUGUUACUCCUGCACACCAUUUGUACUCCAGAAGAUGAUGUUGCAUGGUUUGCGGUUAAUGGUGUACCCAUCCGCUAUUCUAUGAGGGAGCACGCCCUCAUCUCUGGCUUAGACUGCACUGAGUAUCCGAGAAAAUAUAAGAAGAUCGGGGGUCAUGAGUUCGUGAAUUACUACUUCCAUGACAUAGAGAAGAUCACCAUCACUGAUGUGAAGCAGAAGCUGUUGUCUAUGCCGGAUUGUCCAGAUAAAUUGAAGAUGGCUGUCUUGUUUUUCCUUGGUACUGUUAUCAGAGGAAAGCCAAGGUAUGAGGGAAAUUUAGACUCCUUCAUAUUGAGGAUGGUGGAUGAUUUGGAUGCUUGCAAAACAUUUCCCUGGGGUCGUCUAACAUUUUAA